GUCAGUGCGGUGCUGGUGUCAAAACGUAGUGAUUAUAUGCUCUUUGCUGGUGUCAUUCGUAUACAAUUAAUGUUUUUGAUGUCUGUUAUUGUUUUGAUCAGAUUUCGAUUAAUAUAAUACAAUAGAGUCGGAGAUACAUUCUAAUAUAAUAGAAAAUAUAAUUUGAAUCUUAUUUAAUUUUAUCUAAUAUGUUGUAUGACCAGUUUAAACCACUUGUAGAUCUCGUAUUGAACAACUGGACAGCAUUACAGUUGGCAGUAGAACAGGGCAUGGGUGCGCCGGGUGGUGAAAAGACUGCACAGCUCAUGUCAGUUUACGUCGCCCGGUACUGCGUCGAAAACAUAGUAGAUAUUGAAAAUGUUACUGAAGUAUUAGAAGACUUAAUGGACGAAGAGUUUGAAACUGUCUGCCAUGAUAAUUCACCCAAAGAAGUGGCAACAUCACUGCUGCAAUAUCUGGCACUGCUCAAAGAGGGUAGACAAGAAGAACUGCAAGCACGAGUUGCUGCUAUGCCUACCUGUCGAAAGUGGCUAAAUCAGCCAGCUUGUUGUAAAUCUAUUCCUCCACAGAGUCACGGCAAUCCGGAUGAUGACACUACAAGUAGCAGCGAUGAAGAUAACCUUUCAAACAAACCAUUGAAUGGCAAAGGAUCUUCAUUAAACUACGACACCGAAUCUAAACAAGUGGAUAAAGAUAAAGAGCAAGCCCGGACUAUACUUAGAACCAGAAGAAAAUAAUUUUUAAGAAAAAAAAACUGACUUCAAUGAGGGAGACCGGUGAAAGUACGAUUAUUAUUGAUUUUGGAUUUCAUACAAUGAAAUUAAAAAGACAGCGUUCUACGCCUAGUUAUGUAGAAAAGGAGGUAACAUGUUUUUUUGUCACUGUACCCGUCUGUAAUUAAAUGUAAUACAGCGCCAUCUAAUCAUCAACGCCUGAAUUAUGAAACCGCAUAGAGAGACAACAGAAAGAGAACUGAGCAAGCUGGCAGCUAGUCACUGUAGAAGUUCAAAAAUAAACCGACAGAUGUUGAUACAUAUAUAGUAAUUUUGCUACAAUAUGCCUUUAACAUUUGAGGAUUUCCCUCGAUUCCUUAUGGACCCCAUCGUCAUAACUCGAACUUGACAAAAAAUUGUUUUGAAAAUCUAAUUUGCUUAACAAACACAGCGAAGAGAACAAAUCACCAAACGUGUACUAUGCGUGGUUGAAGAGUUCCAUUUUGAUCAUCAUCAGCAGUUCCACUUCAUCAAAUGUCACUUUUUUAAAUGUAAAUACUCGAUUUGUUAAAGAAAAUACUAAAAUCACUAUAUGUAUGCCAUUCACAUUUGAAGAGUUCCCUCGAUUCCUCAUGGACCCCAUCGUCAGAACUCGAACUUGACAAAAAAAAUUCUUAAAGAUCUAAUUUACUUAACAAACACAGCGAAGAGGGCAAAUCGCCAUACGUGUACUAUGCGUCGUUGAAGAGUUCCAUUCUGAUCAUCAUCAGCAGUUUCACUUCAUCAAAUGUCACUUUUUUUAAUGUAAAUGCUUGAUUUGUUAAAGAAAAUACAAAAAUCACUGUA